AUAAUAUCGUCAAAAGUUGAUUAUAGAUCCUAUGUUUAGGUUACUGUAAAGGCAAAGCCAACAGAUAUAGAAGACCACAUAUUGUACUAGUUGUUUCUGAUGAUCAAGGUUGGAACGAUGUCGGCUGGCACAAUCCAGAGGUUUUAACUCCAAAUAUGGACAAACUUGCAAAACGAGGUGUUAGACUAGAAAAUCAUUAUGUACAUCCACAGUGUACACCAUCCCGUGGUGCAAUGCUAACAGGGAAGUAUUCCCACAGACUUGGAUUUCAGUUUGGUGCACUCGGCGUAAACGAGGCUAAAUACCUACCAGAGUCUGUUACACUGCUUCCAGAAAAGUUAAAGCAAAUGGGAUAUGCUACACAUAUGACAGGAAAGUGGCAUCUUGGAGAUUGUAAGAGGAGUGUUCUUCCAACAUCUAGAGGGUUUGAUUCGUUUACUGGUCUUUUAAGAGGAGCGGAAGAUUUUUUUACAAGAAAACUGUUUGGUAAUUACGAUUUCUGGCAAAAUGAGACAGUUUAUAGACCUCCAGAGGACUCAUAUAAUACAGAUUUGUUCACACAGAGAGCUGUAGAGAUAAUAGAAAAAAACAAUCCAAAAACGUCGCCAUUGUUUUUAUCUGUGCAGUACACAACUCCACACUUUCCCCUUCAGGUACCACAAAAGUUUAUAGACAUGUAUCCAAACGAAAUCAAUCCUGCGCGGCAACGAUAUUUAGGCAUGGUUUCUUCGCUAGAUGAGGGUGUAGGUACUAUCGUUGAUGCUUUAGAGAAAAGUGGUCACAUGGAUAACACGGUCUUUAUUUUCAUGAGUGAUAACGGCGGCGACUCAAAUUUUGGUGCAAGUAACCUACCACUUAGAGGAAACAAAGUAGAGUUAUGGGAAGGAGGAUCAAAGUCAGUAGGAUUUGUAUAUAGUCCUAGGUUUUUAAAACAUAAAGGCUGUGUACACGAAGGAAUGAUGCAUGCUGUUGAUUGGUUUCCAACAAUUCUAGACAUGGCAGGUUUUAAUAAAGGCAAACGUAGAAAGACAUUUGGUCAUAUUGAUGGUGUCAGUCAGUGGAAAUAUAUAAAAAGGUGCCGUGGAUCAGGCAGAAAUGAAUUUGUGUAUCAAAUAGAUGACUAUGUGGCCAAAUCUGCAGCAAUUAGAGUUGGAGACUACAAGCUCAUUCUCGGGGAACCACGUGUUGUUGAUUUCUCAUUGGAUCCUAAUGGAGGCUUUACAAUAAAACUAGCUGAUCCAAACAGUACUGACAUACGCUUAUUCAACUUAAGGAAUGACCCUACCGAGAGUAACAAUCUUGCUUCUAGAUUACCAAAAAAAGUGAAAAAGAUGAAAAUGAGACUUGAUGAAUUGCGGAGAGACAGUUUGCCAACUGCAUUUCCUGUGUUUGAAUCUAAUGAAAUUGGAAGUCCUAAUAAUAUCGUCAGUAUCGACUGGUGCUCUGUUUGAGCUGAAUAAAAUAUUAUGUGUGUAUCAGUAUCUGUUUAAUUUUAAAAAUAACAAUGUGUAAUUGGGUGAUAACGAGCAUGACUAUGUGGUAUGGGCUUUGCUCACUGUUGAAAUCCGUACUGUGAAAUAAAGCAGUAAAUUUCUGUCUCAUUUGGUCUCUCUUGCUGAGAGUUGUCUUAUCCGUUGUAAAUAUUGUAUUC